UCCUCCCCACUCAUAAGUCCUAACUCACACGCACAAAGACACCACAGCAGAUGAUCUAAGAGAGAAAGAAAGAAAGAGAGAGAUGAGAAGCGCAUCCCAAGCCACACUAGACCACAUCUUGUUUCAGGAGGAUCAAGAUCAUAUGUCAUCCCUGCAACAGCUUCAGUUUUUAUGCUGCAAUAAUAAUAAUACCACUCUUCCAUUUGAGACUCUAAAAACCCUCAUCACACCCUCUCUUGCCCCACUGCCUUCUCUCCAUGAAUCUUCAUCCCCUCAUCAUAAUAACCUUCAUCAAAGAGACGGCAUAUCUUCCCACUUUGGAGCACCCCAACUCCUUUCCUUGCAGAGAUCCACUCCAUACUUGUGGGAAUGGGAAGAAAUGAAUGAGUGCAUAAAGAGGAGUAAGAAGUUGGGGGUGACAUCAUUAGGAGCAGCAGCCAUGAAGAUGAAGAAGUCAACCAGAAGGAAGGUGAGAGAGCCAAGGUUCAGCUUCAAGACCAUGAGUGAUGUGGAUGUGUUGGAUGAUGGGUAUAAGUGGAGAAAAUAUGGCCAAAAAGUUGUCAAGAACACCCAACAUCCCAGG